CAACGGCGGCUGCGGAGGCGCGCGGUUCGCGGCCGUCAUGAGACGUAGAAGGCCCGAGAAGGAGGAGAAGGAGGCGUGUGGCGUGUGGCUGGACGCGGCGGCGCUGAAGAGGCGGAAGGUGCAGACACAUUUAAUCAAACCAGGCACCAAAAUGCUGACCUUGCUUCCUGGAGAGAGAAUACCUAAUAUUUCUUUUACUCAAAGAAGAGUCACUCGGCAGAUCAGUAUUUCGUCCUUUGUCACUUUGCAACCAGGAAUGGCGAAUGAUAGUAACCGGAAGAGCAUUUUAUCUCUCAAAGAAAAUCAGAUCAACCAAGAAUGCAAGAGAACCCAGCCAGACUGUUUGGUCCAGAGAUUGGGGGGUGAUGGUUUGGUUUCACCUUUGGCCACUUCAACUCAUGCAGACAUCCAGGAAGCUGGACACCCUCCUCCAUCUUCCCAGAUUUCUAGGCACCACAGUUUGGAAACACCGUCUUUGACUAUGGUGUCUUUGCCCCAGCCUGAUGUCCUGAUGGGUGCUGGAUCAAGUGAAGCCUCCCUGGCUCCUUCCUCUACCCAGUCUGUGGAAAGUUCUUGUUUGCUGGACCAGAGAGAGGCCAGGAGGACAAGGGAGUGGAUUCACGGAUCUAAGACAAACUGUCCAGGCAUGGGAAACCACAUCAGACCAUCUAGGGGUAAAUGCUGUCAGCCCUUGGACAAAGCUGAACUGGGAGAAAAGGGGCCUGCCAAGGAAAACAGGCAGGCCCCCGUGCCUCUUCAAACCUGGAGUAGGAAAAAACCACUCUCAGGGACAGGAAGCCCUCGUCUUCUUUCUGUAUUUUCCUGGAACAGUGAACAGAGUGACAAGGACUCCUGGAGUCAGCUUUUCACUGAGGAUUCCCAAGGCCAGCAGGUCAUUGCCCACAACACUAAAAUGCCCUUUCAGGAUGUAACCAAUGUUAGGAAUCAAGGCUGCUCAGAGCAGUUUCCUGACAGCCCUCAGGCUCAGUGCCAAGAUGGGCCUCCUGGGUUACACCUGCAGCCAAACCUGCUCUUUACCCAGGACUCUGAAGGUAAUCAGGUUAUCAGACACUAGUUCUGAAUGUUUGGGUGUAUCUUGAAGUGGCAGAGAUGGAGGGAAGUAGGGUGGGGCUGGGUAAAGAGGAUGGUUUAGGUGAGAGACCAUGUGGGAUGAAGCAAUUGUCAUUCUGGAGCAUUGUUCUCAUGUAAA